GUUGUAGUGAGCGCCGUGCUCAGUGUGUGGGGCUGUGCUGAGUCCUGGUGCCGCUUGGAGCUGCUGUGAGAGGGAGCGAGGACUCUUAUUGUGACACGGCGGCUCCCCUCAGCCCCUUCCUCGCUCAUCCAUACUCGCUGCCGUUUGACAACAACAGACUAAGCAGCGGCGCCGAGCAGCGGGAGAGAGAGUGAGAGAGAGAGAGGGAGUGAGUGAGUGAGGGAGGAAGAGAAGGGGGUGAUCUAGGGCUGCCCUCGAAGGUUCGGGUUAAGGAUUGUCCCUGAGGUGGGGGGCGGCGGGAGGAGCAGGGACGCCGCCGCCGCCGCCGCCGCUGCCGAGUUGUGGCCGAGCCCGGGGCCCCGGUCAUGGGCCACGGGAGGAGGAGGAGGCCGAGGCCGCGCACAGCGAGCAACAUGAGGCGGCUCGCCAGCAGCGCCCCAGACCAGUGAGUACCCAGCACACUGCGGGAGGAAGGAGAAUGCUUUACUAUCCGGCUCUCUCAUCGCUCACCGCCUGCUUUCCAACUGCAUAAGAAACUGCCUGAUUGGAGUAUCUUCAUGAGCGCAGGAGAUGAGAGAGUACCGGCAACAGGAGCAGGCUGACCCUCAGCGGGUUCCCUCCGUGCCACAGGAGCUCCCCAUCCUGGAGCAGUUCGGUUGUCAGAAGAAAAACAAGAAGGAGAAGACUCGGCUGGCCGACAGCAAAAUGUUGGCCGGUUCGCAGAAGCCAGCUCGGGCCCAGAAGAACUCGAGCCCCAACAAGCACUUAAAGAGCCCGGGCUCUCCGGGCAUGAUGUCCCACAGCCCCAGCACACUUCAUUCAAGCUGCUCCAAGCCCCGCGGUCUGAAGAGCCCACCGCUGGCCGACACACAAAGGUUUUCCGAAAACAGUCUGAAAAUAAAGCACGAGACAGAAAUCCGGAUCCCACCAGUGCCGUCGCCAAAGGCCGCGAGCAAUCAAAUGCACCCGGACACAAAGCUGCCCAACCACGGCAAGCCGGUCAACAGCAAUGCCCCAGCUCCCAACGCCAGCCAAGGAACGCCCGGCGGCCUGGGCUCGAAGGCCACGGGAGCCGGCAGCCACGGCGGCAAGUCGAGCCAGAUCUCCCCCGGCAACUCUGGGCUGAAGGGCUCCCAGAACUCGGUGCCCCCCAACCUCGGAGCUUUGAAAGGGAAGGUGAAGCGAGAGCGGAGUAUCUCGGUGGAUUCCGGAGACCAGCGGGACCCAGGCACGUCGGUCAAUGACACAGAGUCCAAAGAUGGCCCCCCACGGAGCAAGCGGCGCUGUGUUCUGGAACGCAAGCAGCCCUACAGCGGGGACGAGUGGUACUCGGGACCGGACAGCGAAGACGAGGAUAAACCCAGAGUGGCGGCGCUCAAUUGCACUGUGGUGGAGGCGGCUCUCUCGGGGGCUGUCCAACCCUCCCCCAGCUCCAACCCCCUGCCCACAGUCAGCGAGAGUGCGCCGGCCAGCGUUCCUCACAACCCCGCAGGCGGGUCCUGCCUGCGCCCCGACACCGCAAACCCACGGAACCCCAGCAAACCACCGUCCCAGUUUGUGUACGUCUUCACCACCAACCUGGCCAACAUGGCUGCAGAGGCUGUGAUCCAGGGUCGGUCAGAUUCCAUCGUGGCGUAUCACACGCACAAUGUUCCUCGCACAAAACUGGAUCAGGUGUACAAUCAGAAGGCCUCCCAUGCCGCCCAGAAAGGGUCUGGGCUGCAGGAGCAGCUGUCCCGGAACAGGCCCCCGUCUCGCACCCCCCAGCCCCAACAGCAGGGUCAGCAGUGCUUGCAGCCCCCCAGCUCGAUGCCGCAGGAGGGGGGAGCCGGACUCGAACCCCUGCUCUCGGACAUGGGCUCCAAACCGAUGGAGAGCAACGGCGGGGCCGGCAACCAGCCGGGGGGCGGUCACCCCAACGUCGGCAACGCGCCCGCCAACCCCCACCAGGGGGCGCCGGUCGACCCGGCCAAUGGCGGCGGCGUGGAGGCCAACAAUCCCAACGACAACGGUUCGCUGGUCAUGAACAUCCACCCCAACACGGAGGGGUUGUCCAAGGAACAACUCGAGCACAGGGAGCGUUCCUUACAGACGCUGAGGGACAUCGAGAGGCUCUUGUUGCGCAGCAGCGAGGGCGAAUUCUCCAUGAAGGGCAACUGUGGCCCCAACGGCCAAGGGGAUGGACAACAGGUCAUGAAGAAGCCGGAGGAGCCUCUGCAGUCGAUGAUUUCCCAAGCACAGGCGUUGGGGGUGGAUGGGCCAAACAUGGAGCAAGAGGCGAUGCACCAUCAGGAGGUAAUGCAACACGACCCAAUGGGGCAACAGGUGACCAUGAUGAUGAAUCCCGUCAACCAGGACAACCUGACCCCAGAGCAGGUGGCCUGGAGGAAGCUUCAGGAGGACUUCUACGAAGAGAAGAGGAGGAAACAGGAGCAGGCGGUGGUUCAACAACGGACGAUGCAGGAGAUGAUGAUGCAGAGGCCCAUGGGGGGCAUGAUAGUACGGGGGCCCCCCCCUCCCUACCACAGCAAAGCCGGGGACCAAUGGCCCUCGGGUAUGGGCAACAGGUUCGCGGGCCCCAUGGACGUUCCCGAUCCCAUGCAGCCCCGAGGCACCGCCCCCUUCUCCGGCCCGCGCUUCCCCAACAGCCAGAUGCAGCGGGUGGGCGGGUACGGGGCCAUGCAGAACAUACCGAUGGAAGCUCUGGGCGCCAUGAAUCCAAUGCAAAGGACUGUGCGGCCCGGGAUGGCCUGGCCGGACGACAUGCCACCGAUGGGGAGUGGGGGGGGGAACUUCCCCCAAGGAGGCAUGCCCUACCACCCAGGACAGGGUGACCCCGAGAGGUUUAUGAACCCGAGGGCCAGGGAGGAGUUGUUGAGGCAGCAGCUGAUGGACAAGAGAUCGAUGAGCAUGCAGCGCCCGCUGAACAUGAGUAACGCCAACACCAUGAGCCAAGGGAUGGAGAUGGAGCGAAUGUUGCAGGCGCAGAGACAGAUGGAGCCAGGGGCCAUCUCAGGGAUGUUCCCUGGACCUGGGGACAACGUGAGUGGGAACCCCAUGGGUCUGGACUUUGUGGGGCCGAGGGGAAUGUUGAGCCCCCCCCUGGGGCAGGCAGGACCUGUGCGUGACAUGGACCCGUCAAUGGGCCCCGGCAACGUCAACAUGAACAUGAAUGUAAAUAUGAACAUGAACAUGAACCUCAACGUCCAGAUGACGCCUCAGCAGCAGAUGAUGAUGUCGCAGAAGAUGCGGGCGCAGGAGAUGAUGUCCCACCAGGUGUUGACCGCGGAGGAGAUAGCCCGCGUCCGAGCUCAGAACGGUAGCGGGAUGCUGGGUGACCCUCAGAAGAUGCUGAUGCAGUCGCCGUUCCCAAAUCACGGGCAGCAGGGCUUCCCCGGAGGCCAGGGGCAGUAUUCCAAUAUGUCUCAGGAAGUGAACAGCAUGGGGAACCCUGGGGAGAUGUUCAGCCCUGAGCAGGGGGGGCCCAUGGCCGUGAGUAGCAUGGGUAACACAGCCAGGCUCAGCCACAUGCACAUGGCGCCGACUUCAAACCAAUCCAGCAACCACGGCAAUGUGGCUGCCAUGCUUCCAGUGUCCCAACGGGGCUUGGGCCGAAGACCUUCAGACCUCACCAUCAACAUCAACCAGAUGAAUUCCCCCAACAUGGGUCACCUCAAGUCACCGACCAUCAGCCAGGUUCACUCCCCUCUUGUCAGUUCCCCCUCUGCCAAUCUCAAGUCUCCUCAGACACCAUCUCAGCUGGCCAGCCUGACGUCCUCCAACGCCUCGGGCCCCAUCAAGUCCCCCCAGGUGCUGAGCUCGGCGCUUCCCGUUCGCUCCCCAGCGAGCUCGCCCAGUCGGCUAAAGUCGCCGUCGAUGUCCGUCGCCUCGCCGGGGUGGAGCUCGUCGCCCAAGAACACCCUCCCGAGCCCUGUCAUCAGUCAGGGUAAACAGCCCAUGAGCCUGAACUCUUCAACCCCUCUGGGGAACAUUGAGCAAGGCCCCAUCGUCUCCGCCUCGCGCCCCGGCCCCGGAUUACCGUACAACUCUCCGGAUUCAACGCCCUCGCAGAACCCCCUGUCGCUGAUGAUGUCCCAGAUGUCCAAGUACGCCAUGCCGAGCUCCACGCCGCUCUACCACGAUGCGAUUAAGACCAUCGCCACUUCCGAUGACGAGCUGGCCCCAGAGAGGUCAAUGUCCAUGAUCCAGCCCUCUGGGAUGAGUGGGGUCCAGAACCCACAGCAGCACCUGGUGUCUCAGAGUGUGGUGGGACCAGGAUCAGCCAACAGCCCGCUGGCAAUGGGCAUGGUGGGGCAGCCCCUGUCGCACGAACCACCGCAGUCCAUGAUGCCAUCGCCGGGCAUGAUGGGCAUGCACGAGGGCCACGGAGCGGGCAUGGGCGUGCAGAGCCCCAUGAUGGUGCACCCGUCCCAGGACUCGCUGGGCCCGCUGAGUGGCGGCGGCUCCCAGAUGCUACCUCAGAACCCCAUGGUCCUCCAGCGGAUGCAGCACCAGCCCCACAACCCCCUGCAGUCCCCGGGCUCCGGGAUGCAGCAGGUCUACCCUCCUGGGAUGGCCAUGUCCCACGAUGACGGGGUCCCACCGCACGGGGUCCCCACCGGACCGUCUCCUGCCUCACAGCAGCAGCAGCAGCCUCCGCCGCCCCCGCCUCCGCACCUGAUGACCAAGGGCGUGUCGGUCCGCUCGGUGGCCGAAGGCUACCAGCUCUCGGGCGUGGCCUCGGUCCUCAACGACCCCGAGCUUCAGGACGUGAUCCGGCCGUCGGCCAGCGGCAUCCCCGAGUUCAACCUGUCGCGCAUCAUUCCCUCGGAGAGGCCCAGCAGCACGCUGCAGUACUUCCCCAAAGGUGAACCGCAGGUGCCCAAAGCUCCGUCUUCCAACCCUCACCUCAUGAACCUUCACAGCAUGAUGCUGGAACAGGGCGCUCCCGGCCGACCCAGCCUUGCCGGACAGCAACAACAACAGCAGCAGCAGCAUCAUCAGCAGCAAGUGGUGCAGAGGGGCCUGAGCAUGCACAUAUUCCACCCGGGGCAGGUGCCGGGACCCAUGAUGGCAAGGACAGGCAUGCCGGGCCAACACAGCGUGAUGGGCAACAGUCUACACCAGGUCCUCAUGUCUCCGCAGCAGAGCUUGAUGGCCCAACAGAACAUGAUGCUCCAAGCCAAGCAGAGGAGCCUCUCCCUCUCGGGGGAGAUGUACGGGCAAGGGGGACACAUGCUGCCCCCUCAGGUGGGCGUUCUGGCUGCGCCGCCCCACCAAAGUAUGAUGUUCCCCCAGCAGUUAAGACAGAGGAGCAUGUCCUUAGAUACGCCCAUCACCUUUGUACCCGGGCCUGGAAACGCUGCCAACAUGCCCUUCUAAGCUCCUCUCAUCGACUUUUCGUACAAUUAGGGUUUAUGCAAGUCACGGAGCAACUGGUGGGAUAAAUUGAAAAAAUAAUAAUUUUAUUACGAAAAGUGAGGCCCAGAAAACUGAGGAGACGAAGAGUUUAUACCGAGGAGGG